UAUAACGAUUUUACAGAAGCGGAAACAGACUAUUCUAAUCUCGGCUAGCUACGCUCCGCAUCCUUUCAAUAAUGGGAAUUUGCAAGUGUUUAACGUUACUUCUGUUGGUUUACAGAAUUGAGGCGCAACUAACGAUUACCAACGACCGCUACUAUCCAAGUGGAACAGUUCAUUGGGGACACGCGAAGAGCAGUGACUUACUCACCUGGCAGCAUCUGCCGAUUGCUAUGUAUCCGAACAAUACAUAUGACGCAAACGGUGUAUUCUCAGGUAGUGCUCUGAUAGAAGAUGAUGUGAUGUAUUUAUAUUAUACGGCGCACACGACCUAUCCUGGUCAAACACCUUCCCAAAUAGAACGUCAAGCUCUUGCAGUUUCUACAGAUGGAGUUAAUGUGGUAAAAUAUGAAAAUAAUCCAAUAUUACUAGCAGACGAUCGUCAACCGGAUAUCAGAGAUCCGAAAGUUUGGAAACACGGUAGCACAUAUUACAUGGUUCUAGGUAAUAAAUUUCAAGUAGACGGUGCUGAUCGCGGCCGAGUGCUUUUAUAUUCAUCGCAGGACAAGUACAAUUGGACAGAAGUCGCCAUUAUCGGUGAAUCCGAUGGAAAGCUCGGUUACAUGUGGGAAUGUCCUGAUUUCUUUCAGCUAUAUGGUCGAUUCAUCCUUUUAUUUUCUCCACAAGGAGUCCAACCCGAAGGAGAUAAGUAUAAGAAUCUUUUCCAAACAGGUUAUAUUGUUGGAGAUUUUGAUUAUGAUACACUAGUUUUCAAACCAUUAACAGAGUUUCAGGAAUUGGAUCACGGACACGAUAUUUAUGCAACGCAGACUAUCCUGGACAAUCUAGGAAGGAGAAUAGUUAUAGCGUGGUUCGAUAUGUGGGAAAAUAAUUACCCUGAACAGGGUGAUGGUUUUAAUGGACAAAUAACGAUACCUAGAAUUUUAACUCUAACAAAAAACUUGCAUAUUAACCAAAGACCUGUACCGGAAAUCAGAGCAGCCAGAACUAAUAUCGUUCGUACCGGGUCAGCUGGGGGUCGUGCCACUGCUACAUUGGAUAAUAAAGCUGGUGAAGUUAAUAUAAGGGCUUCCGUAUCAAAAGAUUUAGAACUGUACAUCGAGGGAACGAACGUGACCCUAUUAAUUUAUUAUAACGCGACAAGUGGUCAAAUAUCACUAGAUCGUGCAGGUGAUCUGCGUCGAACAGAAUGGCAACCAAUUAAUGUACUUAUUCUCAAUAUAUUCAUCGAUGCUAGUUCUAUUGAGGUAUUUUGUGGCGACGGUGAAGUAACAAUGUCCAGUAGGUACUUCACAGAUGGAGACGUGACACUACGUAUUGGAGAUAACAGCGAAGUUGAUCAGUUCCGAGUGAUAAACAUGAGGUCCACUGUGCCAAUAAAUUAAAAGAUUCAUUCUACAGCUCUAAUAUUAAUUAAAGUUAUUAAAAUAUCCUGAUCACCCAGAAUUGUGCGGGGAAUAAUUAUUUUAAGCAAAUGGACAAACAAAUUGAAGUAUCAUUAACAAGUUUUUGUGUGACUAUUCAAAUUAAAAAUGAAGGUAGAAAACACAUAUUGUCAUUUCAUACCUAAUUUAUUUAAAACUAGCGGACGCCCGCUAUUUCACACGUUUGAUUUUCAGUUUUUCACAAAUUCCGCGGAAACCAUGGAUUUUCCGGGAUAAAACGUAGCCUUUAUGUUGCUCAAUAACCUUGUCUACCUUCUAGUGAAAGGUCUAUUAAAAUCCGUCCGGACGUUCCAAAGAUUAGCACGUAUGAAACAGGCAGACGUAAAAAUUUUGGUAUCUUGUAAAUAAUUAUAAGCACUUGAGAAAACAUAGUUAUUUUGAAAUCACAGACAGACACUUCAAUUUUAUUAAAAUAAGUACCUAUUGUAUUAAUUAUGUAUUGUUUUUUGAUAUUCAAAAAAAUAUUAACUUUAUCUAGAUUGUCCUUAAGUAUUUGUCGCCGUUAAAUUAGGACAAGUUAGUUUAAUAUUGAAAGAUGUAAAAUACCUAGUUAUUUAUACUUUAAUUUUUAAUUCGUUUUUUGAUAAACAUUUCAUAUUAAGUUUGGUUUUCGAAGCACGGGGUGCAGUUUGUAACAACGACACAAUGCCAACUCAAAAUUAUGUGAAUUUCGUUCAAAAUAAUGACGUUAUUGUAUAAAACUCUAUAACUAAUU